GCUGGACUAUAUAUAUUUGUUUAUCACCAGGAUGAAUAGUUGAUACAUAGGACCCUUCCCUUCCUUUUUCAUUUCCAUCUUGAUUUUGCCUCGCACGCGAGAUUAAACGUUGUCCAAACUCCAAGCCUUUACCAAUUCAAAGGCAAGUCGGUUUCAUGGACUCCAAUUUACAGGCUUCGCCUAAUAGUUCUGAUGCAAAAACAGCAUUUCGUAAGCCUUCUACUGACUCAUCUAACCGACAAUAUAGGCGUCGUUCUCCAGUCAGCGGGUUAUCUUCAUCUGAAGGAAGUUCUCCCCAGCGUGACCGUAGCAUUAGUCCCAUAGUUUCAAGGGAUGGUCUGGAAAAAAGUGCUGAUACUCGACCGGGGAGAGAUGGGAGAGAAUUGGAUAGUGAUUCUCGUGGGAAUUGGUAUAGUAGAAGUGGUGAUUCUUAUAGAUACUCCGAUCGACAGUCUUCCAGGAGCUCUCAUGGUUACUCCAGGCAUGACAAGCGUGCAGAUGAAGAUAGCAAGUAUGAUAGAUUUUCCUCCCGUUCUGAUCGAGAAUCAAGAAUUAGCAAUCAUUCUGAUCAUCCAAGACAAGCAAGUGACCUUAGUAGGUCAAAAGACUAUUCACAAAAUGCUGAAAAAUAUUCUCGUGAUAGAUAUGAUGGUUCUGGACAUAGGAGCAGGGACAAGGGGAAAGAAUCACCAUUUCUAGAGCGUUAUAAGGAUAAGUAUUCGUCUUUUCACAGGGUUGGCUCUGGUAGGAGACAUGGCAACUCUCUUUCUGAAGAGAUGGAUAGAGAUCGAAGGAGGUGGGACAGAGAUGGUCGAGAUGAAAAAGUGGACUACCAUAGAAGCUGGAGAGAUAAAAAAGCCGAUCACACUUCUUAUGAAGAAUCCAGGGGCCAUUGGAAUGAUUCAUCUUCUGUGAGGGAGAGGGACAAUGAUAAACGUCGCUCUAAAGAUGGUUACAGGAGUGGGCAUGAGGAUAUAGAUGGCCUGAAGCCUUCAAAGAAGGAGAGAAUGAAAUAUGAUGAAGGGGAAGUUAAUGUGGAAAAGAAGGAUAGGUAUGGUAGAGUAGGGAAGGAGCAGUGUGAAGACCAGUCUAUAUUUGACAGCAAAAAUCAGGAGUCUCCAGCCAAGAAGUCGAAACUCUUUAGCUUGGGCAAGGGCUCUGAUUAUGGUGAUGAAAAAUUGUCGAGUUUGGAGCAAGCUGAGGAGACCGUUGAAAGAGUGAUCAUGGGACAGGUCCAUAGCAGUAAUGUUGACAUCACUAACGACCUAAAUGCUGCAAAAGUUGCUGCAAUGAAAGCUGCUGAAUUAGUUAAUAGGAACCUCAUUGGGGCAGGCCACAGUAAUAUGACAACGGAGCAAAAGAAGAAAUUGCUGUGGGGGAGCAAGAAAAGCACUCCUGCAGAAGAGUCUGGUCAUCGCUGGGAUACUGCACUAUUUGGUGAUCGUGAGCGACAAGAGAAGUUCAAUAAACUCAUGGGUGUAAAAGGAGAUGUGAAGGUGGAGCAUAAAGCCGACAAUCAAGAUGCAGAGAAGCAGCGGGAGCUCCAGCUGGAUUUGGAGAAGCAGUACACAGCCGGACUUAGACGAAGGGAUGGUCGCACUGUUGGAUUAGGUCUUUAAGCAUCAGAAUUGGAAACUUAUGGUGCUGCGGGGAACUUUUUUGUGACAUUUCUGUUCUACUAUCUUAUUCUGUACUCCUCGAAUUAUGCAUUUUGAAGGAAAUGUGCUUUGCUGGAUGUUUCAGGUGUCGGCAGAAGGCUCUUAACCUUUUUGCCUUUCAAUAUUUUAUAAAUAAUCUCUCUAUAUAA